UGAAGUUUGAAGUGGGAAUGCUGUAUGGAGCUUCUUUCUUGCUGCCACCACUCCUUGCUUUGAGCAAAUAAAUAAAUACCAGCAACAAGCAGCUCGAGAAGCCCAUCCGAGUGCUUGUUCGUACCACUAUCCGGAUACAGUGUAAUCCCAGUGGCUCUGCUCACUUACUUUAUCAGUGGUACAGAUUGCUUUUAGUAGUGCAGUUAUCUUCAGUGGCGUUGGGAGUGUGGCAUUCCUUGUCAUUGACAGACAAAGAAGCAACCGGCAACAGAAGCUACCGAUUGCACCCAACCAAGUCAAGAGAGAGGACAGCCCUUGAGACUUGUAUCGGUCCUGGGUUUUGCUCGACCAGUGCAUACUUAUCUGGAUACCCCCAUUUGCAGAGGAUGAUGGGAUUGAGCCCGCUGUUCCUGAAGACCUUGGCGAUCACACCGGAAGGAAAGUGUGUGAAGCAUCCCCACGUUUCCUUGGUUUGCGCUGCUGCUGCUGCUGCUGCUCCCCUGGAGGACAGGGGGUCAGAAGACGCCUUGGAAGAUGGAGGAGACGACCAGCCCAACGUGAAUAUUCCACCUGCGAUUCAAGACUGUGAAUGUUGCUGGAAAGAACAUCAGGAACGCAAGAAUUCGACCAUGAUGGACUUCUCCGGCACUGACCGAUCCAAUACAUCCAUCUCCAUCUCUCCUUCAGAGAUCAUUGCCAACUUAAGUCCACCGCCGCCACCAGCUCUGUUGCGGAGCUUCCAGUCAGCGAGCACUGUCCCGGCUGGGAACAUGACAAGUGAAGCUUCCAAUAAGCAAUUCGCGGCAUGGAUGGAAACCGUAACGGCGCGAUUUAAUCAAGUCCAAGAAAUGGGAAUUAGUUCCACUACCAUGGCCACCGCCGAAGAGUCCAUCUCGACACAUACGAGCAAAUCCUACACUCUGGCGAACCUUACCAAUGGAAACAGUUCUCACCAACUUGGAGCUUUAACCAGUGCACAAGAAAACAGCUUUUAUGGUACUACUAGUAGCCACCAUAAUCCAUUGCUCAACAUGAGCAUGGCUGCCGUCGCAGAAGAACCAGAUGAAAGAACGGCUCAUGCAUCUCUGCAAAUGUCAUAUUCCUCCUCACCCAAAUCUCCCAAAGGAAAACCGCGUCUCACGCCGAACCAUCAUCAGGCGCUAGCAAUUCAGAGAUUGGAAGAACAAGUACAGCGACAAGAACAAGCGAUUCAUAAAUUGCAAGAAAGUGUAGAGCAUCAAGAGACAUCCAUUCGACAAGACUUGCAACAGCUUAUUCAGGUGGUGACCAAUUUGGCAAACAAGUUGCCGCAACAACAGACCCCGAUAGCGAAAACGAAUGCCGAUCCUCCUGCUGCCUCUCCCAAAGAAAUCAGAGUCCUUCCUACAGAGUUACCGGGGAGUAUUCAUGAGAAUAGCACGUUCGAUGUGGCUACGCUGCCUCAAACACGCUCGCAAGAAGCGUCGGUUGUGACGACAACCACGCCUCAGCGGCCAGGCAUGUACAGCAAAUCUGUGAAUCAUCCAGCGAAUAUGUUUACAUCCGUUCGGACCAUUGAACGAAAACCACCCAAACCGCCCAUGCGUCACGGGUCCUUUUCCACAAUUACAUCACGACGACAAUCCAUGGAGUCUUCCCACCUCGCAUCCAUCGUGUCGAGUCUAGGAACAUCGACAUACAACGACGGUACGACGUACAAUGAUACCACCACAGGGACUCCGAAUACAACAACGACGGCUACACAGUCGCAACAAGUAGCACCGGCUCCGGACGACAAGCCAACGACGAGAAACGGCAACCAUCACGAAGUCGCUUUUGAAUUGCCGCCUAAAGAUGACGACGACAACAACAAGGAAGUGCGCUACGGUCCCGGGCUCAUGUCCAUGCUGGAACGAGAACGGAGCAAACCAUUGGAGAUUAUUUUUGAUGCUUCUGGGAAAAUAUCGGCAGAUUUUUUGCACAGAAAAGAAGAAGAAGACGACGAUGACGACGACGACGAGGAAGAAGCAGAAGUCGAUCUGGACGAGGAGGAAAAAAAGAGUGGAAGCAGUGACGGGUCGGCGCAACAGCGAGAAAACAUCGCUAGGGCAAUUCGUCGAACUCAGAGUGCGUCCCCGCCUCCUCUCGUCGGGAGCAGACCUCCUCCUAGGCGAGACUCGUUUCAAAAGUCUCCUGGAGCGAUACGAUUGGCAAUUCCCAAAGGUAGUGCACACGGCAAGGAGGACAUCGACAAAGACGCAUUGGUGUUACCUUCGCCUCCUUCACUGCGACUUCCUGUUCGAACUAGAUCGACAAGCCCCAACAACGGCAUGCUUCCAACCAGAGCCCCACGAAAAUCACCCUCAACGAUCCAGAACCCACCUCAUCGACCCAUGCGGCAGCCUCGUCGUGAAGUGAGCGUUGCGGACGUUACCACAGAAAUGGCCGCCAACAAUACUAACCGAAAGACUGGCGGACCCUACGUCCCACCCCCGCCGCCGCCGUCAACGCCCAAUUUCAAGAGCGAUGAACCGUCCAGGAGUAAUCCUACACAAACAUCCAGGACUACUUCACGAAUGACCAACAGCACUUUGGGCCGGCUGCACCCGUCCAAUCUGUCAAGGUUGGGGGCGAAUACUGCACCGCCAAGACGGGAAAUCUUUACAACUGGAGCUUCCAAGCUUCAAAUAUCAUCAUUGACUAUUGAUACUUGUCUCUUGACGGACAAUGAGCCCUCGCCAGGCCAAGCGGCUUCCAAUGCCGUUCUCUAUCGAGAAGUAGCAUACUUUGCCGUUACAGACAAAUUUGGAGACAAAGGUAUCUACACUGGUACUCUGCGUGAAGAGGACAUGGAAGAGCAACAAGAUGCGCCCGAUGCAAAGCAGGCCAAGGGUAAAACAAACAACAACUCACAAAGGAGGAGAAAGGUUGGAAUCCCUCAUGGCACCGGAACAAUGAAGUACGAAGGUGGUCGUUUUUACAAGGGCCAUUGGCGGGAUGGUCACUGGCAUGGAAGUGGGCUAUUACGCAAUGCAAACGGUGAUUCCUAUGAAGGAGAGUUUGUCUAUGAUGCCAGACAUGGGCAUGGAAUUUACAAAUAUGAAAAUGGAGAUGUCUAUGAAGGAGACUUCACGGAGGAUAAGAGGCAUGGAAAGGGUACAUUCAUGUUCCACAACGGGAGCGUGUACCGUGGCGAUUUCGUCAACGGUGACUUUGAAGGUUACGGUUGGUACGAAUUUGACGAUGGAUACUAUGAAGGAGAGUGGGUGGCGGGAGCUUAUCACGGUAUUGGAACCCUACAAUACACCGAUGGCGGAAGCUACACUGGUCGUUUCUUUGAAGGAAAAGCCCACGGCCUGGGCGAAGAACGUGAUGCCGAUGGUACUAUCCGUAGAGGAGUUUGGAGCAAAGGAGAACUCAGCGAUAGUCAAUGACAACAUUAGCUAUGCAAUUUGUUUGAUACACA